ACAGUUCUCUAAACGUCACAUUUAAACUAUUAGUCCUGCUGCAGUUUGUGUUGCUUUAUACUCGUAUACUAUAGCACUAACAGUGAGAUCUCAUUUGUUUCUCUUAUUUUACGUGACACUGUAACACAAGACAUUAUUAUAUUACUAACGUGAUUAGCCUGCUGGACAAGUUCAUCGGUUGGUUCAGCUGUGUUUGAUUGGUUUGGAGCUGAACUCUGUAGGCCAGAAGAUUUCCAGGAGCAUGGCUGGAAAACACUGGAUUAAAUAUUGUUUUAACAUGGCCCUUUUUCCUGACUGCUCUUUGUUGGGUUGGGGUGUCUUCAGUUGUCGUCACUUUCAAAAGGGUGAUUUUCUUUUUGAGUAUCGAGGACAAGUCUUAACUAAGGAGGAAUAUGAACGAAGACAUAGUGAACUUGAAGUCUUUUUGUUUGAGUUUCGUUUUGAUGGAAGACAACUAUGGGUUGAUGCUUCCAAAGAUGAUGGCUCUUUAGGGAGACUUGUCAACGAUGAUCAUGUGAACCCCAACAGUAAAAUGAAAAUCAUUACUGUGAACAGAAAGCCCCAUCUUUGCUUAUUUGCAGUAAAGAACAUCAGUCCUGGGGAUGAGAUUAUGUAUAACUAUGGGGAUUCUGACUGGCCAUGGAGAAACAAGGUAACUUCUGAGACAGAACAACAGUCACACCGUUCGAUAAACUGUGCAGGAGACGAUGAUGGAACACAGAAGGGGCGUCGCACCCGUACCCACACUUUUACCGUGAUUCUUGAAAAUUCUGCUGAAAGGGGUGAUGCAAGAAGAAUACAAAAACGGGUAUGGUCUCCAACAGAAAUCUCUGCUGUCAUGAGACAUUUCCGGAACCACAUCGCAAAGGGUAAACUUGCCACCAAGAUUGAGUGCCUACAGUGCAAAAAUGCAGAGCAUCCUGCUUUGGAUAGUCGCUCUGUUCAAAACAUCAGAGACUUUGCUUCCUUUUGA